AUGGGGCUAUUCAAGCGCAAAGAUUCAAAGAACUCAAUUCAAAUCGAGGAAAACGACUCCUUCGUAACGGUCAACAGCGCUCGCACAUCAAAUACAUCCCUGAGAUCUCCAGGAUAUAAGGGAAGUGGCCCACCAGCCUCAAUUCCAGAACUCCCUAUCGCCAGACCACCAGACCCAGCACUAGACCCAGCCGCAUACCUACGAAGCAUCCAUGCCGUGCGCGAACGCUCCAACAUCGUCCUAGAAAAGGCGAAAAGAAAUCAACUCAACCAUUUCGAUGUCGACAUGACCAAAUUCGAAGCUACAGCAUCCUACGUCGUCUCAAUUAUCAAGCGAGAUUAUGCGCCAGAUUAUGAGAAUAUCCCGCCGCAUGGUCGCUGGCAGCAUUUCGACGUCGGUGGCAGACCGCGUAUCAACCAGCUUCUCCAGUCCUGGCCCAGUCGCAUUGAUGCGCAGGAGCGAACACGCCGUUUGAUUGAUUUGUUUGUCGUAUCUGUUCUGCUUGAUGCGGGCGCGGGCAAUAAGUGGUCGUAUCGCUCGAAGGAGUCUGGCAAGGUCUUUGCGCGCAGUGAGGGCUUGGCGGUGGCGAGUCUGGAGAUGUUCAAGUCUGGCCUUUUCAGUAGUGAUCCUACGGAGCCGUGUCAGGUGGAUGGCGCGGGACUGAAAAAGGUUACGGCCGAGGUGCUUGCUAAGGGCAUGCAACAUUCUGACCAAAAUCCAUUGGCGGGGAUUGAAGGCCGCACCGGGUUGUUGGUACGGCUUUCUGAUGCACUUAAUAAUCAAGACUUCUUCGGUGUGGAUGCUAGGCCUGGAAAUAUGCUAGAUUAUCUGCUCGGCCAUCCAUCAACCCUUGCUUCUUCAGUACCUAUUGUUCCGAUUACCACUUUGUGGUCCGUGCUCAUGGAUGGCUUCUCUCCCAUCUGGCCCCCGUCACGAACACAGAUUGACGGAGUAUCCAUUGGAGAUGCGUGGAAGUGCUCGAGUCUCCCCAGGUCUCCACCUGCACAGCAGUGGGAGAAUAUCGUUCCAUUCCACAAGCUGACACAAUGGCUAUGCUACUCGAUCAUGGUUCCAAUGUCGAAACUGAUGCUGAUCCACUUCGCCGGGAGCGACCUUCUAACAGGCCUUCCCGAAUAUCGAAACGGAGGUCUUCUUAUCGACAUGGGACUCUUGACUCUGAAACCGGAAGAUAUGCAGCGUGGAAUCGAUGCAUAUAAAGAGAAUGCUCAGAUCAAGGGUCAGCCCAGUGUGGAAGUUGCGCCGCUGUUCUGCGCUGAAGACGAUGUAAUUGUCGAAUGGCGAGCUGCUACUGUCGGAUUUCUGGAUGAUCUCUUAGAGGAGGUUAAUUCUCAGCUGGGGCUUAAGAACUCCGAAGAGCAGCUAUCACUAGCGCAAAUGCUAGAGGCUGGCACUUGGAAGGGUGGUCGCGAGAUUGCGGAAGUUUCGAGACCAAACACCAAGGAACCACCUAUCAUGAUACGAUCCGACGGCACUGUCUUCUAA